UUUAUCGUUCGCCACCAGUUUGAACCAAAACAUUCCCUGCACCGCACGUCUUCUGGAAUAAAGACCGUCUCACGGAAUCACAUGCACUUCCCGCGGUUUCUUGCUCUCCAAGACAUCAACAAAAUAAAAGAGAAAAAUCUCCCAAACAAUAAUAUUUCAGUGACGACAUCAUGCUCAACAGCACCCAGGAAAUUUACCCGCGCUUCAAAACAGUAAACCACCGCACUAUCCCGCCACGUCACGACACACCCAGGAAAUAUCCAUACGUGUCCGCAUCACAGCUCACCACACACACCAACAGCAGCAUGCAAAGAAGAGAAACAAAAAGGUAAAAGCCAAUGUAUGGGCCCCGCCCCUUGAAUUGAACCCUUCCUCGCUAAGACUUGUAUAAAUUUCGGUCUCUGUCUCUCUCCACAGAUGCCACCCGAAACAGAGCUUUCAACCAUGGCCGACCAAGACGACGGCGUCACGGUUCCCAGCUUGGAUUUCCAGCGCCUGAGAGUGAUCUCGGUGCUGGGCCGCGGAGCCAAGGGCGUGGUGUUUCUGGUGAAGGGCGACGAGGCGGCAGAGGAGCUCAUGGCCUUAAAGGUAAUUUCCAAGGACUUGAUCGAGCGGAGGAGUAAAGACGCGAAGAGCGACGGCAGCGAGUACCGAAGAGUCAGCUUCGAGCAGCAAGUACUACGUCGUUUUGACCACCCGCUCUUGCCGAAGCUGCAUGGCGUUCUCGACACUGAAAAGCUCGCCGGCUACGCCAUUGAUUACUGUCCCGGCCGCGAUCUCAAUUGCCUCAGAAAACGACAGACCGAGCGGAUGUUCUCCGAUGAGGUCAUCAGAUUUUACGCGGCGGAAUUGGUUCUGGUAUUGGAUUAUCUGCACGGAUUAGGAGUGGUUUACAGAGAUUUGAAACCGGAGAACAUCAUGAUCCAAGAGAACGGUCACAUUAUGCUCGUCGAUUUCGAUCUCUCCACCGAGCUCUCUCCGAUAAGGACUCCUCCUCGAUCAGCUCAAUCAGCUCAAUCGGAUCGGAUUAUAUCAAAUUCCAUAGCAAAAUCAAUCCCAGUGCAAAAGAAGCGGCGCUCGCCGUUCCACCGCUUCUGCAACUCGGGGAUUUCGCCGGACGAAACGGUGGCGCCGCCCGAACUCCGCGUCAACUCGGAAAGCCCCUCCGGUUCGGAUUUGUCCGAGAAGUCGAACUCGUUUGUUGGGACGGAGGAGUACGUGGCGCCCGAAAUUGUAUCGGGCCAUGGCCAUGACUUCGGCGUCGAUUGGUGGUCCCUCGGGGUGCUUCUUUACGAAAUGCUGUACGGUACGACACCGUUCCGGGGAUCUAACAGAAAAGAGACGUUUUAUCGGAUACUGAAAAAAACCCCUGAACUAAGAGGCCAAACGACGGCUUUAAGGGACCUGAUAAAAAAUUUGCUCGAGAAGGAUCCGAAGCAGAGAAUCGGGUCGGUGGAGAUCAAGGGCCACGAUUUCUUUAAAGAGGUUGAGUGGGAUUCGGUUUUGCGAAUCUCGAGGCCGCCGUACAUUCCCGAAAUUGCGCCGGCGGAGGUUACGGACGGAAUUGAAAAGAAAAUUGAUGUGGAGACGGUGGUGAAAGGAAUAUUCGGUGGUGAAGAUGGUGGUGGGGAGGAGGAGGAGAAUAAAGGCAAGGAAAGUGAGGAGAAUAAUAGAAAAAGGAAUAAUAAUGGGGAGGAAGGAAAUAAGGAGGAUGUAAAUAAAAGGGUUUGUGUGGAAGGAUUGAAUUUGAAUGACAACCCCACCCAAGAUUGUGAUGCAUUUUUGGUUUUCUAACUAUUCUUUUAUUAGUUUGACAUGUCUUAGUUUUGAAUCUCGUGAAUAACUAAUUUGAUACCAAAUAUGGUUAUUUAUUGUACAGCUUAAUCGAAUUUUCCUCUUUCUCUUAGUGUAAAAUAUACAAUUGUACUAAAAAAAGAACUAUUAUUUCAUUA